ACCGUCUCCUAGCAGGCUCGGCCGGCUCGGCAGGCUCCGCCUCCUCUGCUUUCGACGCAGCCUCCGGCCCAGAUCUCCCAGGAUGCAGCGCGCGGGCGGGAGGUUUGGAGCGCAGGGACGUUGCGCCCGCGUACGGAGUCGGGAACCUGGCGGCUAUAGGACGCAGGGCCUCGCGCGGAGAGGUUUAAAAGCAUCAGCUGGAAUCAAUUUGCAUUCGAAAACUGGACUGACACAAAGACUUGAUAUUGUGGAAUGACUAGCAAACAAGCAAUGUCAUCUAAUGAACAAGAAAUGCUCUUGUGUUAUAAUGGGGAAGUCCUUAUUUUUCGAUUGUCUAAGGGAGAUUUUGCAGGUAAAGGGCCUGCAAAAAUACCUGUGUUACAUGUCAGAAGAAUGGUAUUUGACAGAAAUACAAGAGCAUUUGUUCAGAAGUCCACUGGAUUCUUUAUGCUAAAGGAAGAAAACUCUCAUUUAAAAAUUAUGUGUUGCAUCUGUGUGUCAGAUUUCAGAACUGGAAUUAAUCUCCCUUGUAUUAUGAUACAGUGCAGUAAAAAGAAUAACAUCUUCAGAUAUUUUCUUCUAUUUCUUCACAGUACCAAUAAAUUUGAAAAGCGUUUGAGCUUUAGACUAAGCCAUGAGUUGAAGGAUGGUAUAAGGGUCUUGAAUGGCCCUUCAGUUUUAUGGAGACAUGUCAAAACAUUCUACUGUAUCUCUUCUCAAACUGGCAAAGUUGUUACUGUGUCUUUUAAUUUUUCCUCUGUUGAGUGGGCAGGGGAGGUUGAAAAUCUAGGUAUGGUUUUAUUAGGACCAAAGACAUCUUUUUUAUAUGAAGAAGGAUGCACUCAAAAACUUUCAAAAUCAGAUUAUGCAAUUUGGGAUACCAAAUUUUGUGUAUACUCCCUUGAAAAUGAAGAACUAAUAAGUGAGGCUUACAUUAUCCCUCCUGCUUAUAGCAGUGUAGUAACUUAUGUGCAUGUCUGUGCAAUGGAGAUGGUCAACGAUCAGUUAAGAAUGUCUCUGAUUGCCCUUACUCGAAAGAAUCAGCUGAUUUCAUUUCAAAAUGGGACUCCUAAAAGUGUGUGCCAGCUUCCAUUUGGAGAUCCUUGUGCAGUUCAACUUAUGGAUUCAGACAGAGGAGACCUUUUCGUCGUAUCCUUUAGGUCCAGUGAUGCUUGUGCCGUUUGGAAAAAAAACUUUCAGGUUGCUGCCAAGUGGGAAAAAAUUAGCUCAGUACUGAUAGAUGACUUUAUAGGAACUGGAAGUGAACAAGUACUGCUAGUUUUUCAGGAGUCCUUGAAUUCAGAUUGCCUGAGUUCAUUUACAAUAACAGAUCUUGGCUACAUAAACUAUUCAAGUGAAACAUUGGAUUGCAGUGAAGAGGACUUAUUUGAAGACAAAGAUCAGAAUCGUUAUUUGAUGGUUCCACCCCUGGAAAGAGGAUUGAAAGUUGGUUUGGCUUCUAUUCAGGAAUUGCAGCAGCAUCUCUUGCUUAAGAAAAAAAUUAUUUCAAAAUCUUACAAAACUUUAAUAAACCUGGUUCAAGGGAAAGAUGAUAGUACGUCAAGUGCAGAGAAGGCACAUCUUUUUACUCUUUGUGGUAAAGAAGAAAAUCCUGUCUGUACCUUUGAUGAAAGGAUACCAGACAGUUUUCAAGAUUCAGAACAGCUAGUAAAGAAGAUAUGGUAUCAUGUAAUAGAUGACAGCUUGGUUGUUGGAGUGACAACCACAUCUUCUUUGAAGCUGUCCCUGAAUCAUGUGACUUUAUCACUGUUAAUGGAUCAAGCUCAUAGCUCCAGCCGUCGGCUUAUUAAGUGUCAAAAUAGGGUUAUCAAGUUGACUAGGGAUUUUUUCCCAGCACCAUGCUCAGUGCCAUGUGAAAUAGGAUCAGAGGCAAAAAGGAUCAAGUUGGCUGUUGACAGUGAGGAAGAGGGAGAGGAAGAGGAAAAGGAAGACGAAAGCUUUUUUUGUGAACAGUCAUCUGAGAAAGAGUGUGUACAGGUCAUCACUGCUGUAACAUCUCUUUCACCACUUCUAGCAUUCCGUAAUUUUUGUUGCACUGUGCUGCUACAAAUUAGGGAGAGGGGAAAUGGUAACUCAGAAGGUCAUUAUACUCAGUGCGGCAGCCUUUUUUUAAGUCUAGAAGACCUUUCAAGUAGGCAAUACCUGCUGGUAUUUCCAAAGAAGACACCUAUAGAACACAUGGAGGAUCUGUUUGCACUUCUCACAGUGUUUAACAAAACUUGUUUUCAAAUCACAUCACCCAGCUAUUCUCUGACUUUAAUGAAGACAUGGCUCCUAGAACACAUGAAGUGUGAAGAAAUCAGAGAAUUUCCCGAAAUUUGCUUUUGCAAAAUGCCAGGAAGUUUCUAUGGGACACUCUUCAAGUGGAAACAAAAAACACCAUUUGAAGGGAUUUUAAUAGUCUAUUCCAGGAAUCAAACAGUUUUGUUCCAGUGCCUUCAUAAUCUCAUCAGAGCUCUCCCUAUAAACUGUUUCUUCAAAAAUCUAAAAUUCGGAAGUGUCGAUUCCCUAAUUAAUCAUUUGGCGUUAACUUUGGAGAAGGAACUGGUUAUCCUUGGUUCUCUUUCUUCUGCCUUAGUUAAGGUUGAAAACAACUUGGUGCAAAGUUGUGAAGCAAGCAAAGAAAAGAGUAGUGGUGUGGUGGCUUUAUCAGACAGAGAGGAAAACAUCCAGUCCUACAGAAAAGAACUUCAGAGAGAAAAGAAGCAAAUAUUGGGGACGGACCUAAAAGUGAGUGGUGCUCUUUAUAGAGAAAUGACUUUGAAAUUAGCUGAGGUUCAGCUGAGAUCAGACCUUGCUGCCCAGAAACUGGCUGGUUUAUAAUUAUAAUCUUAAUUUGAUUUAUUUUAACAUAUGUUUUCUCUGCCAGGACAAUUUGGUUCCAGAUUUGUUUUCAUUUUACAUUAUAUGCUUCCUUUGCAAAAAUAAAGAUUGAGGCUUGUAGAAUUGUAGGUAUUGAUGCACAAAAUAGCAUGCCUUAGCGCAGCAGUUCUCAACCCGGGGCCAUUUUGCUUCCUUCUGCCCCCACUCCCCACCCAGGGGCAUUUGGCGGUGUCUGGAGACAUUUUUUGGGGGGUUGUGAGAAGUAAUUGGGGUUGGGGAGGGUGAGGUUGGGGUGCUAUUUGCAUCUAGUGGGUGGAGACCAGGGAUGCUGCUAAACAUUCUACUGUGCACAGGACAGCUCCCACAGCAAAGAAUGAUCCUGCCCAAAAUGUCAGUAAUGCCAAGGUUGAGAAAUCCUGCCUUAGAGUUACCACUUAAGUGAAGGCAGAAGUGAUCUAACAGUAUUUUGGUCUAAAUCUUCAAAAAACUUAAAUAGUCCUUUUAUUGUAUCCUGUUUAGUAAAACCUAGCAUAUAAAAAUUAGCUUCAAACAGAUAAGGUUAUUAGGAUUCACAAGUUUCUGUAAACAUCAAGCUCCUGUGGAAAUUGAAAUCGUGGAGUGUCUGGGUGAGACCAUUAAAAUGAAAAUCUUUGAACCCCUUGUUAAUUUAAAUUUUAUUAGAGAGCUUCUCUGAAAUUGUGUAAGUCUAUAGGAAUAUGAAAAUUUUAGGGCGUUUCUCUGAAAAGCCUAUUUCUUUCAAAAAGCUAAGCAUACCGCAUAGGCCACUAUUUGAAAAAAAUUGAAAAUGCCUUUAAGCCAUUUGUAAUUCCAACUCUGGGCAAAGCUAAAAUAUAGAAUUCUAACUAAAGUAACUUAAAGAAUAUGAUGCUCCUUAGGGACUGAGAAAUUUAAAAAUAAGUGGAAAUUCACUUAACAGUUAAAAAGUGAUUUUUAGGGGCGCCUGGGUGGCUCAGUCGUUAAGUGUCUGCCUUCGGCUCAGGUCAUGAUCCCAGCGUCCUGGGAUCGAGCCCUGCAUUGGGCUCCCUGCUCCGUGGGAAGCCUGCUUCUCCCUCUCCCACUCCCCCUGCUUGUGUUCCCUUUCUCGCUGUGUCUCUCUCUGUCAAAUAAA